UGCCGCAGCUAAGGAGUCCGUGAUUAGUAGUAUAUAUUUCUGCAUCAGUGCAUUGCUCAUUUGAAUGCGGAAAAUUCGAGUUGAUGCCGUUACUGUGGCAAAAAGUCGUGUAAAUUCUAGUCCAGUAGCUUUGCUUCCUUUACAAUGAAGAACUGGGACAGUUCAAGAUGACAAUAAUGUAGACAUUGAAAGGAAAUCGUUGGUUGAAGCCUUAGAACAGUAAGGUUUCGCCGGUUUGAACGAGCUGGCAACAUGAAAACAAUAUUGGGUUUGGCAGUUAUGGCUUGUGUUGUGUUUGGAGCAUCUCUAACGGCCAUCGACACAAACAGCGAAACAGGAAAAUCUGCUAGAAGACACCAGGCUUCUGACGAAGAGAUAUUAAUUAUCCUUGGAAACGGUUUGCUUCCAGGCCGGCCACAAUAUAAACCACAGCCAUUCAAGCCUGAUAAAUCUUACAAAAAUAUUCCCAAGUGCAUGAAAAAAGAAUGCAUUAAUGAAAGUAAGAGUAUGUUUCAUCUGAUGGACACAUCCGUUGAUCCUUGUGAAGACUUUUAUCAGUACGCAUGCGGAGGAUGGCUCAGGAAACCCCUACCCGAUGAUCAUGCGCAGUGGUCCGUAUUUACUCGCUUAAGUGAACAAAAUGAAAAUUUACUAAAACGUCUCAUUGAAGAACAAGAGAACUCAGAUAACAGUGUGGGAAAACUAGUUUACAACUGGUACGCUGCCUGCAUGGACGAAGAUGAACGCGACAGGCUGGGAGCUGGUCCACUACUGGAGUUAAUACACAAUACCAUGGGAGAACAGUUCAAUCCUUUUGUACCAAACGACUUUUCUGGUGAAGAUUGGGUACUAGAAGAUGUGUUGGGCAUCGUCCAUAGCAGCCUUAACGUGUUUCCGUUUUUCACAAUAAAUUUGGGCAUCGAUCCACUGAAUUCUUCUUCGCCAACACAUCUCUCGAUUAAUGAAGCAAAACCGAUGAUGCGGUUACAUGACUCAUAUUUAUCACAGGAAGAGCAUAAUGUGUUGGUAACUCAGGCUUACAUGGCGUUGAUGGCAAAUCUAACGAAGCUUUUGGGAGCUCUAGAUUAUCAGGAUGCGAAUUCCAUCAUCCCGGAACUUAAGGAAAUUUUACUCCUUGAAGUUGACCUGAUCAAGGCCAUGAAAAAUGAAGAGAAGGAAGAAGAGAAGGGUAAUAAAUGGACACUGAAGGAUUUCCAAGCGAAUCUUCCAGAGUUUAACUGGACGAGAUACUUCACAGAGUUAACGGCCGAUUUGAGUAAUAACAACUCUUUCUCUGAAUCCGAAGUAGUGUUUAUCGAGGCUCCUAUUUAUCUGGCUGAGGUGGUGAAGAUUUUAAAGAACAGACCCAAAGGAGUUGUUGCCAACUACAUCACUUGGUUAUUAAUCCACGAGUAUGGCCCAUACCUUUCGACGAAGUUUCAUGACGCUUACUUGACGUUCGCGAAAGUAGCUUACGGGAUAAAGAGAGGAAGUGCGCUAUGGCGGCGGUGCGUGCGCGGUACGACCAAGUCUGUCGAUAUGGGCGUGUCUAUGUUGUUCGUGACUGACAAGAAGUCGGAGUUUACUAAUGGAAGUAUGCAUCAUGCGGAUCAAAUGGUUGAGAAUAUACGCGAGGCAUUCAUUGAUAACUUAAAAUCCGUGAACUGGAUGGACGAGAAAACGAAACAGGCAGCUGAAGAAAAGGCGGAGGCUAUGAUUCAACAGAUAGGUUAUCCCCCAUUUAUCACGAAUCUAACAUCAUUAGAGCAGUAUUUUUCUGGGUUGGAAGUUAAUCCUAAGACGUUUUUCAACAAUCGACUCAUGGAAAACAAAAUAAGAAUGAAAAACACUUUGGCAGCAAGAGGUCAACCCCCGAGUCGCUUCAGAUGGGACAUGCUGCCGACUGAAUCAAAUGCUUAUUAUUCUGUUGAAAGCAAUAAAAUCGUUGUACCAGCAGGAAUUUUGACACCUCCGUUUUAUCACAUAGCCGCUCCACAUGCGCAAAAUUUCGGAGGAAUAGGAUUUGUGGUUGGACAUGAACUUACUCACGCAUUUGAUUCUCAAGGUGCAAUGUUCGAUAAAAAUGGAAACCUGAAGAACUGGUGGGAUAAAGAAUCUUUUUCUGGUUUUGUGAGUCGAGAAGGGUGUAUGAAGCGUGAAUAUGAGCAGUACUCAGUACAGGGACGCCAUUUGGAUGGCUUAAAGACUCUAGGAGAAAACAUUGCUGAUAAUGGCGGUUUGAAACUUGCUUACCUGGCAUAUCACAAGUGGUCAGAUGAGCACGAUCAUGACAGUACGCUGCCUGGGCUUGGUCUUACCUCAAAUCAACUAUUCUUCCUUUCUUUCGCUCAGAUUUGGUGCGAGAAAACCACUCCUAGUUAUGCAUUGACUGAUUUACAAAUUGACGUGCAUAGCCCGGGAAAAUUUCGAGUUGAUGUUACAUUAAAAAACAGUCAAGCUUUUGCCGAAGCCUUUAAAUGUCCAACAGGAAGCCCAAUGAAUCCUGUCAACAAAUGUGCCGUUUGGUGAUUUCCUGCGGGUAUAAAAGAGAAUUGUAUUAUUAUUUUUUUUCAAAUAUGAGUGUAUUCCUUAUUUAUUUUCUUGAAUGGAAAUUUUCCCUGCCGACAAAACCUGCCAUUGAAUUGAUAAAAGCAAAUGCAUUAUUUAGAUUUGGAAUUGAAUACAGUGAAAACUGGAAAAAGGAUCGCCAAAUACAUCUUUCUCUGUUUUUGCAUACGACGCACAGAGGAGGUAACAUUUAGUGAUAGUUUAACCCUUUAACUCCCAAUAUCUGAUUGUUAAUUCUCCCCUGUAGCUGCUACACAUUUCCUUGUAAAUUAAUUACGAGAACUUGGUGCUAGAUCAGGAUAGCAGCUUCUACCUGAUAAGUUUGAAUAUUCUCAUUACCUGUUUGCUGAAGAAUGUAUGGAUAUUGUAGGGAGAAGUUUUAUGUUAAUCACUUCUGGGAGUUAAAGGGUUAAUAGAGGGAAGGGUGAUGUUUGGGACCUUUUUGUCUGUUAAACCUCAACACCUUAACAUUAGGAGCCAUACUCUUCAUACUCUACUCUACACCUUUUCUUUGGUACUGACAAGGAGAAUUUGUUUAACAAUCAAAGUUUCUUAGGUUUGGCGAUCGUUUCCUUCAUUCUCAUGAUCUCAGUGAGUGAUUCAGCAGUAGCAGUGUAAUUAGAAAUUAGAUGCUGGUCACUACGGGUUAAAAGGUCAACCAAAAUCUGUAAAGAAACAGAGUUGAUGGCUCAGUGGUAAUUAUGGAGAAUGUUUUAGUUUUAUAGUUUUAAUUUUAAAAAAAUAAGAUUAAAACGAAAUUCAUCGAUCGAUGUUCUUAAACUGGGGAAAAGAAUUCAUUUAACUAGGGUCAAUGCCAUGUCAAAAUAAAAUUAUUAAAACCAG